AUGGCAACCAACGGUAACUACACACACCCGGACCAGUUCAAGGGCGCUGUCGAGCCAACAUCAUCAGGUCCCACCUCAACCAACGAUGCCGCCUCGGCUGUAAGCAACAACCUUAGUAAGGAUGAGGUUGGCUGGUACUUUGUCGAGCAAUACUACACAACCCUGAGCAAGAACCCGGAUAAGCUUCACCUCUUCUAUGGAAAGCGCUCCCAGUUCGUUUACGGUAUGGAGGCAGAGGUCGCAAACGUGUCCGUCGGCAGACAAACUAUCCAAGAGAGGAUUAAGAGCCUCGACUUCCAGAACAGCAAAGUCCGCAUCACAAACGUCGACUCCCAGGCCUCUUUCGAGAACAUCGUUAUCCAGGUCAUUGGUGAGAGCUCCAUCAAGUCCGCCGAGCCGAAGAAGUUUGUCCAGACCUUCGUUCUCGCGCCUCAGCCCUCCGGCUACUUCGUCGUCAACGACAUCCUGAGAUAUAUCAACGACGAGGACGAGGAAGAGGCCCCCGCUGAGGCUGAGGCGGCCCCCGAGGAGCAAGCCGCUCCCGAGGAGGUUGCCGAGGUCCCUGCCCAGGCAGAGGCUGAGGAGCCCAAUGUCGAGCAGACCCCCGAGGAGGCCAGUGGCCCCGCUAUCGAUGUCGACGAGGUUGAGAAGAAGCUGGAGGAGGUUAGCGCCGCCCCUCAGGACGUCGCCUCCAACAACGGCGAUGCUGAGCCCGCCGUUCCCGAGCCCACGAAGGCUACUGAGACCAAGGUCGAGGAGCCAGCGGCUGACCCCGAGGCCGCUGCUAAGGAAAUUGCUGAGGAUGUCACCGAGCCCGAGAAGCCUGCCGACCCCUCUCCCACCCCUGUCGCUCCGACCAAGGCUCCCGCCGCCGAGCCCGAGAAGCCCAAGCCCGCCCCUGCGCCCGUCCCGAUGAAGCCCAUGUCUUGGGCCAGCCGUGCCGCCGCCGCCGUCGGACCCAAGCCUGUCGUGCCCCUUCCCAAGACCGCCACUCCUCCCGCUGGCCAAGCCAAGGUUCCUGCCCCUGCCGCUCCUGCCGCCGCUCCCGCUAAGGAGGCUGCUCCCGCUGCCGAUGGCCCCGUCAAGGAGACUCAGGCCCAGGCCGCCACGGAGGACUCUCCCUCCGCCGAGUGGCAGUCCGUCGGAGCCGACUCCAAGCGCCAGAACCGCCCCCAGUCCAUCUCCCAGGCACCCACCGAGAACUACGGCACCUUGGGAUACGUUAAGUACGUGACUGACAAGGUCAAGGCGGAGGAUCUCAAGGGCGCCCUGGCUGCCCACGGCGAGCUCACCUACUUCGACAUCAACCGCCAGAAGAACUGCGCCUUUGUCGAGUUCGCCACCGUUGCCGGCUACCAGGCCGCUGCCGCCGCCAACCCUCACACCGUCAACGGCGAGAACAUCAUCGUCGAGCCCCGCCGCCCCAAGGCCAAUGCCUACGGCGGUAGCAGCUACUCCUCCAACACUCCUCGCGGUAACGCCACUGGCGGCGGCCGUGGCCGUGGUUUUGAGGGAGGAAACCGCUCCGGCAGCCAGGGAGGUGGCCGCGGUAACUUCACCGGUGGCCAGGCCCGUGGUCGCGGCAGCGUCCGUGGCCGUGGUGCCUCCCAGGCUGCUGCUUAA